AUGCCACCCCCAACAUCCUCUCUCAAGCCAUCAGCGGCCAAGGCGAACGGCAGCAGCAAGCCCGACGCUGCUGCUGCUGCCGCUCCCGCCAAGACUGGAGCUGCCGCCCCAGCAGCAGCUGGCGAGGCAGGGGAGAAACGCACGACCCUCUCGAAGCCCGAUAAGGCUGCAUAUGAUUCGGAGCAGAAGGGGUAUACCAAGGAGAUUGCCGAGAUCAAGACUAAGCUCGACGCUAUCCGAGCACGGAUCAACCUCGGCCAAGCUCCCAAAGGUGACGACCGCCGGUCUCAGCUCAAAGCCGAGAUGGACGCGCUCCGGACCGAGCAGAGCAAGUACAAGGGCGACCGAGGAAAGCUGCUCGAUGAGGUCAAGCGGCUGCAAGAGGGGUUGCAGCGCAAGAUUAAGGAGGCGCAGGCGAGUCGGGGGAAGGUGGCUUUCAAGAAUGUGGAUGAGGUGGAUGACCGUCUGGACUCGCUCAACAAGCAAAUCGAAAGCGGCACCAUGAAGCUCGUAGACGAAAAGAAGGCCCUUCAGGAAGUGUCCAACCUCAAGCGUAUGCGCAAACAGCUCGAAUCGACCGGAUCUGUCGACGACGCCAUCGCGGCCGACAAGGCCAAGAUCGAUGAGGUGCGGGCCAAGCUGGACGAUCCCGAGGCGCGGAAAGUGAGCGACCGGUUCGACGUGCUCAAGAAAGAGAUGGAUGGGUUGCGGGAUGAGGGGAACAAGGCGUAUGAAGAGAGGAACAAGUUGUUUGAUGAGCGGAAUGCGUUGAGUGCUCAGCUUGACGAGGUAUUCGGCAAGAAGCGCGAAUCGGCCUCGAAAUACCGCGAAGAGAACGACACGUACUAUGCCAAAGUCCAAGCGGACCGUCAAGCCCGCCAGGACCGCUUCAAGGCCGACAAGGCCAAGGAGGACGCUGAGCGCCGGGAAGAAGAGAUUGUGCGCUUGCGCGAAGAAGCCAAGCAGCCGGCCUUUGGGGCCGAGAUUGAGGACUGCAAGAUCCUCACGGGAUGGUUCCAGGGUAAAUACGGGAACGGGGAGGUACCGUCUACGAACGCUGCCAAGGCGCCUGUCCAGGUGGAAGGUGUCAAGGAGCUCGAGCGGAGGAAGGUUGAGGAUGAUUUCAAGGGGAUGACGCUCAAGAAGAAGGACGAUGAGGAGAUGGGCGGCUUCUUUGGGGGUAUGGGCAAAAAGGGGAAGGGGAAGGGAAAGCAGGCUGCUGGAGGCAAGGGCGCGGCGGCGAGUGGGACGGCGACGCCCACGGAGGGCGGUGCGGCCACGCCCGGCGGAAGCGGGGCUGUCAACCUCCCGAUGAGCCUGUUGUCGGCCUUGUUGGCGCUGGGUAUCCCGCCCCCGACUGGAAAGUCGGAUGUCCAGAGGACGAUUGAUGAUCUCGAGACCAAGCGGGCGUGGUACGAGGCCAAUUCGUCUACCAAGACCAAGACCGAGAUGGACCGCGUCGAGCAGCUCGUCGCCAAGAUGCAAAAGAAGAACCAGCUCGUUACUGGUGAUGCCGACGCUGAAGAGGAGGACAAUGAGCCCGCUACUGAGGAUGCCGAGGCCAAGGCGGAUGCGGUGGAGGACGCGCCGGUCCCGAAGGAGGAGGCUGGCGGCGCAAAGGAGCCCGCCCACACCGUGGCUGGGAGCGCUAGUGUUGUCGACCCCAACUUGAAGCUGCCGCAAGCAGGUGCGGGCGACCAUGUUCUUCCAUCAGAUGCUGCGCCUACAGACGAGAUCAAGCACGUCGACUCGGCGCUCGAGGAGAUCAAGGAGUCGGGGGAGGAAGCUUGA